AUGGUCGCAGCCCUUCACGUAACAUUGAAAGAAGAAAUGAGCAGCAUGAAAGCGCUACUCAUGGAACUGGCCAGCCAAACCAAAAUAACAUCUCAGGCUACGGCAGCUCCCGGACCCAGCACGCAUAUGGAUGUCGACGAUACACCACAACAAACGAAGAUUCCAGCACAACAUAAAAGCAAACCACUGCCGAGAGGAGAAGCGUCGAAUACGACAGAUCAGGCCACGCUCAGGAAGGACAACACCAACGACGACCUGAUCAACCACGCACACCUGCCACCCGCAUUACCCAGCUCGCCGCCGCUCCACUCAACCAGCCCGCCACAGCAACUUCCUCAGCAGCCGCCGCACCUGUCCGCCAACACGAAGCAGGCGCUGCCUCCACAACACAGUACAACAAGCAAGGAUCUGGCCAACGACAAACACCUGCCACCUGCGCCGCUCAGCUUGCCGCCGCCCCUCUCAAUCAGCCUGCCUCAAGAACCUCCUCGGCAGCCGCCGCACCCGUCAGCCAACAUAACGCAGCAGCCUUACAAAACACUUUCUGAACAUUCUAACAAAAUACUAAGUGCCCAUCCACAAUUUUGUGAUAUUGAUAAAUAA